AUGCAGAACUGGCAUAUCCAAGAGAUGGAUGUAUACAAUGCCUUUUUGCAGGGAGAUCUAGAUGAUGAGGCAACAAAAGAUUCUUUGCACAAAGCAUUCAAGAUUAAAGACUUAGGAGAGCUAAAGUUUUUUCUUGGAAUGGAAUUCAGCAGGUCGAGUAGAGGUAUUCUGUAUGACAAGCUGACAGGCAAUGAAAAUGAUAGUGUGCUUGAAGAUAAGGGGCAGUAUCAAAGAUUAAUAGGAAAGUUGUUGUACUUGACUCUAACAAGACCUGACAUAGCAUAUACAGUCCAAACACUUAGUCAGUUCCUUCAACAACCUAAAAAUUCUCAUUGGGAUGCAGCUAUGAGGGCAUCAUGUCCUAACACAAGAAGAUCAGUAUCAGGUUUUUUGGUCAAGUAUGGUAAAUCAUUGGUCUCAUGGAAAUCCAAGAAGCAAAACAUUGUAUCAAAAAGCUCAGCAGAAGCUGAAUACAGGAGUAUGGCCAGUGUUGUCUCUGAAGCUGUUUGGUUGGUUGGACUGUAA